AUCAAUCGCAACCAUAAGAUCUUGUGAUGUUGACAUUUAUUAUUCGCGGGGUGUUUCUCCUCGGUGUGUUGAGCUGGUAUAGCGCCACCAUCUGGAAAGUAAUCGAUGGUUACUUCCAGGACCAGUUUCGUACUUACUUACAGGAAGAGUAUCGCAAGCAUCCGCGGAUCAAGGCCGACUUUGAGAGCACCGGGGCUGUCGAUAAGAGGCCUGCUCCAAGCGCGUUGCCAGCAGAGCCAAGUCUGAGCUACGGCAUCGUGGAGACCUACGAUUCCAACGCGGCAUACCCGGCCGACAUCGUAGACGCCUGUCCGCGUGCAAUCGUUUCGAGCGGGAAACCGGAGGAAGUGGUGGCAGGUGGCACCAGCGAAAUCGCAGCCGCCGUAGGCGCCGGUACCACCGAUAAAAAUGCAUUCCCAGCGAACACGGCUCGAUCGGCGCAGGAAAGUAGGAAACCGCCGAGCAGCAGCGACACACGCGAUAAAGAAAGGCGACCGGGUGCUAUCAAUCAGGACGGCAGUCGCGAAGAGGAUGCGAUUGAGGGAAGCGUACUCCCGCUCCCCACGUCGUCCCCGCGUGCCAAGAAACUACGACGUCGUCUCGACAAGAGGGGAUUAUCGCGUGUCUCGAAAGAGGUCUCGAGGGAGAUAUCGCGGGAAAAGCUAAAGAAUCGAAGAGUGAACACGCUCGUCCUGACAGACAUCGAUUUCGCCACCGCGAAGACCGGUGAUGACGAAGACGAUGAUUUCUCGGAGUUCGAGGAAGAGGAGAAGGAUCACAGGAUCAAGGAAGGGAUCCUUGUAUCGGAGUUGCCAUUUAAGCCCAAGGCAGAUAUCGGCGACUUAGAUAGGGUUACUGCGGAAGAGUUUUGUCCUCUGACCUUGGAGGACGAGGCUUCCUGCGAAGAAACUACCACGUGGCCGUGACUACGCUUGAUGAGCGUCGCGGUGAAAUUGGAAGUACUAGAUCGCACAGAAAAAGUUGUGCAUUAGCAGCGGGACAUCGAAGGGCUUAGGAACAUGCUGAGAAAGCUGAGGGGGGUAGAAGACUUGCGACUAUUAUUAGAAUAAAUCUGUUCAAUUAGUUUCGCGGCUUUAUUAAGGACGAUGAUGAUAGAUGUAGUAUGAAGACGUUUUAGAUCCUUUCAUGUUUUUGUUGAUGUAUAGCAAUUUAUUCAGUUCACAAUUUAAAUAGGAUGAA